ACUCGCUCCACGCGCCGCUCGCUACAACCUAUCCAAUCAAUAUUCAAUUAUCCAUUUUGAGAGUUUUUUCGUAUAGGUACUGUAAACUAGUGCUCGGAAGGCGAAAGGACGCAAUAUUUUAGUGAAUAAGUGACAGGACACAUUUUUAGUGAUAAGACCCAUCAUAACAAGUGAAGAAACGAUCAUUUUGAGUUUUUUUAGUACUAGUACUAGUUAGUGUAAGUUCUUUAAUAAAAUCACAGACCACAUAAAAUGAAAUUAUCGAAUAAAAAGAGAUAUCUACAACAAAGGCUGCCGAACUUCAAAGAUGUUCAGACUCAAAGAAAACGGCAACCACUCCAGGAUAAAGAAUUAGGUUCAGAAAACUGUGAUCACGUCAACAUUGCGAAGACUCUAAAGACGCUCGUUGAAGUUAAGCAGAUGGCCACGGAUAAUCUUAAAGAAGUACAAUCGGUUGAUUUACCAAAUGAAGAGAUGACGUCAAAUCAUGGCCGAGAAGUCCAAGAGUAUGAGAUUACAACGGAACCGGAAAAAACACCGCCAGGAAAGCAAGUUGGAAGGCGGAUUGUGGACGUUUCUCAUUUUACCAAAAAGUUAUUGGACAUUUGUAAUCAUGGCCCUAUAGGAUGUUCAGCAAGUGACAUUGAAUUAAUCGGGGAAAAACAAAAGGGGCUGAUGUCCAGUUUUAAAUUUAUAUGUAAAAUGUGCAAAAUGAAAUUUUUCAUUGAAAACGAUGUUUGUCAAGACAAUUACUUAAAUUUAAACGCUUGCGCAGUAGCAGGCACUAUUGCAAUAGGAUGUGGCCGUUCACAACUCGAAGAACUAUUGUCAGCCAUGAAUGUACCAAACCUCUCCGAAAACGUGUAUAAAUCCAAUCAUGACAUUCUAGGGAAGCAAUGGGAAAAAGUAUUUUUAUCCAAGGCACAGGAAGCCGCAAAACGAGAAAAAGAGAUAGCUGUAGCCGAAGGAAAUGUUACUAAGGAGGGCGGCCAUCCUGGAUCAGGAUCCGUCACUGGUCGGGCUAUGAGCCGACCGUUCCUCGCUGUGGGAGCGCUUCCCGGACACAGGGUCGCGCUCUCCAACUCGAGAGCCAGCGUAUUGGGCGAGGGCGCUCUCAUGCACCCCUCGCCCGCUGGCUUUCCUUAG